AUGGAAUCCUCGAGCGAUGAUGCCUUUAAGGUAAAGUGGACUAGAUUUAAAGGACAUUACGUCCCAUUCCUUCUACAAAAUUUAGAAGGCCAGUGUCCACUGAUUUGCCUGUCAAACAUUUUGUUUUUAAACAGAAGGCUGGAACUGCCGAAGGGAUGCAAGCAAAUACAUUUUGAAAGCUUAUGUACAUAUAUAUCCUCAGCACUCCCGGAUUUUAACUCAGAAUGGGUAACUUCGAUACUAGUGUCCCUGAAAAAGGGGCUGUUGUUCAACUGCAAGUUCGACUCGACAAAGGUGUACAUAGAAAGUGAUGCGGAGCAGCUGUUUCAAACAUUUGGAAUUCCGAUAAAACACGGAUGGAUAGCAGAUCCAAUUGCAUAUGGGCCACUAACAAGGUUAAACUACGACGAGUUGCUGGAAAAAUUAACAAUAUAUCAGUGUAAAAUAGAAGAAGAAAAGUUAAAAUCAUACGUAGAAAAGGAUUUAAAUGAAGAAAGUGGAGAAAGCGGACGAGAAGAGAAGGUAAUAAAAGAAAAGGAAGAAUCACGAGGCGAUUUGGAAAAGGAAUUUGAACAAAUGAAGCUAAGUGAGGAUCAUGAGGAAGGUGUUGAGUGUGUAGGCAAAGAAGCCGAGGAUGGACGAGAAGAUAAGAACGAUAAAAGGUGUAAUGGAGCAGGUGAUGGUCAUACGGGCGAUGAUAAGAAGACAGAAGACGAACGAAAGGUCGAUGAAAAGAAGGCUGAUGAAGCGAAUCUUGAGGGAAAGAGAGAAGAUGAUGACUUUGAUGAUGAUACGGCGACGAUGGCCAUGGAUUUCCUGGAUAGAUACGCUACACAGCUGACGGAAUACGGAAUAAAGGUGCUGAAGCACGAGAUACCUGAAAAGAAACUGGUGGCCUUGUACAGAAAUAACCACUUCCUGGUGGUGACAAUGCACAACGGGAGGAUAUUCGCACUGGUAACAGACUCGGCGUUCUACGACCACCAGUGUGUCUGGGAAUCGCUGGAAAACUCAGAGUACUUCGACGAAAACUUCAACCACUACGUGCCAAAGGAGACCGAGGUGAAGAAGCAGUCGCUGCUGGCAAAGUGGAAGAGAGCGUUCAAGAGGAAACCGAGAAGAUGA